UCCCCAAGCAAAGAGAAAGAAUGUGUGGGAAACCCAAACCCCCGUGACCGGCAACGGCUCGAACGCCACACAACACAAAUCACAAAUCACAAAUGCAGUCGCUCCACCUCUCCCCGGCGCCGCCAAGGCCGCCCCUCCCGACGCUGAGGCGGCAGCCGGUGUCCUCUGCCGUGGCUUCGGCGCCGGCGCCGAAGCCACACUUCUUCUCCGCUCCCAGUCUUGCGGCUGCUGUCGGUGGUACCUCAUUCUAUGCCGCCGCCGGAAUCUCCUUGCCGCCGCGCGACCUCACCGCCGCGGCUGCAGCAGGGGCUGGGGCGGCGGCGUCCAGUCCUUCUGACCCUAGCCCUCUCGCCGCGGAGGCCGAGUCUGACCCCAGCCCUCUCUCCGCGGAGGCCGUGGCCGAACUCGCCAAGCUGGCUCAGGUUAGCAAAAAACUAGAGAAAACAGCACGGCAUUUUAAGAAUUUGGGUACCCUGGGGUUUUGGUCUCAGUUAGUGUGUACAUUUGUUUCUGCUGGGAUUCUGUCAUUCUCUGCUGUUGCUACAGGGAAUGUAACAGCUCCCUUCACAUUCUGUGCAACUGCAGUUGGCAUCGUCAUGGCCUUCAUCUCAGUCUUCCAGUCAUAUGGUUACAUCCGCCUUUCUGAAAGGCUUAAAAGAACAGCAAAUGAACCUUCUAAGGCUCCUGCACGUGCAGAUGUGGUUAAGAAUCUGAGAAACAGUAUCGUGCUUAAUGUUGUUGGAAUGGCUGCUGCAGUUCUUGGCCUGCAGGCAACUGUAGGUACUUUGGUAGGCAAAGCACUCACUACGUCAGCAGUGCCCUACUACCAGGGAAUAGCCCCUGGACAGAGUCCCGUUCUUGCUUUAGAUAUCUUUCUUGUUCAGGCUUCAGCCAACACAAUCCUUUCACAUUUCCUUGGGAUAUCCAGCUCACUGGAGCUACUUCGGUCUGUAACAUUGUCCCAAACAGAAGCUGCCCCAGUGCCAAAACCGGCAUUGCGCUCUGUAACAUUGUCUCAAACAGAAGCUGCCCCAGUGCCAAAACCAGCAUGAGCGUGGCUGCAAAGUCCUCCUGAGUCCUGAGUCCUGACCUUAAGAGUAUAUCACCAGUUUUUUUGGUUGUCUUUUAUAUUGUAUAGUCCAACGCGGACCAUGGAUCUCCGCUCGUUUUGAACCAUAUGAUCUUAAAUCGAUCUAAGUUUGAAUGACAGCUUCCAAACAUACGAAAGCUGCCUCACGAACUACCGCAUUGCUGUCA